AAUUCCUUCUUUUUCAGUUUGAGUGACUGUAGAUCUGAGAAGCAUUAUUUGGGUUUAUCCUUGAGCAGAAAAAUCCUUUUUUUUUCCUACAGGUUUAAUUAAUUUUUAGUUUGACAUUUAAGAUUUUUAACGAAUUUGGGAAGUGGGUCUUUUUUAGAUUCUUCAGGUUAUGCUUAUGUGAAAAGGUAUUCGGAUUCCCUGCAAAUGCCUAUUGAUUUAAUGCCUCUCGUCUCCUCUUAAAAUCUCCACCCCUCUGCAUUUUCUCUCGGGGUUCUCUGUCCCCUGUUCUCUCUGUUCUUCUGUUGUAUCAACAACUUUGGCAUAAUACAUGGCUUCCCCUGUUUGAAUGCACGGGAGGUUGAAGAAGAGAGGAACAAAGUAGAAAGAGCUAGAGAGAGAGAGAGAGUUGCCCACAAAUUGCGAAGUUGGUUUAUUCCCAUCGCUAUGCUCUGUAGUUAGAAAUGAUGAAGUGGGGGAUGGAAAUUUUUUCUCCACAGUCCUAUUUUACAAACUCAAAUUGGUUUAUUCAAGAGAGCAAGAGCACCGGAUGGACCCACGAAGAGAACAAGAUGUUUGAGAAUGCCCUCGCAGUAUAUGAUAAGGACACCCCUGAUCGAUGGUAUAAAGUUGCUGAGAUGAUCCCAGGGAAGACUGUGGGGGACGUGGUGAAGCAGUACAGGGAAUUGGAAGAGGAUGUCUGCGAGAUUGAAGCUGGUCGGAUACCGAUUCCUGGUUAUCGUACCUCUUCUUUCACAUUGGAGUGGGUGAAUGAUAGUGGUUUUAAUGGGUUAAAACAAGACUAUGGUCCUGGUGGGAGAAGGUCUUCUUCAGGUCGUCCUGAUCAGGAAAGGAAGAAGGGAGUCCCAUGGACAGAAGAAGAGCAUAGGUUGUUCCUCAUGGGUCUGAAAAAGUAUGGCAAAGGGGACUGGAGAAAUAUUUCCCGGAAUUUUGUAGUCUCAAGGACCCCAACUCAAGUGGCUAGCCAUGCUCAGAAGUACUUUAUAAGACAGGUUUCAGGAGGGAAAGAUAAGAGAAGAUCCAGUAUACAUGACAUCACAACUGUUAAUAUCACAGACACUAGACCACCUUCACCAGAAAGCAGACAUUCAUCCACAGAUCAGACUAGUGUGCGUCCUCAACAGCACAAUGUGGCUAGCACCACCCCCAAAACACUAUUUGAUUGGAACCAACCCAGCAAUGGAGCAGGAGGCAUGGUUUUCAACCCAACGCAUGGUAACAUGUUCAUGCAUACUCCUUAUGGGAUGACACCUUAUGGGCUUAAGCUACAGGGGCAAAAUCUACACAGAGAGUCUCUUAGUGGAUCUCACAACAUGGUGUUUCAGAUGCAGUCCUCACGACUCCAGCCUCAUGGAUAGGGAAGAAUUGUUUUUGGUGUUCUUAAAGGAAGUGUCAAAUGUCAUUUGGUUUAGGAGUGUUCUAUGUUUCUCUUGUGGUUUUAUGUGAAUAUUGGGACUCAAAGUAGUAGUUCAUAGUAAGUGAUCUUCAGUAAAUAGGAUUUCUAUUGUGCAUCUAUUUGAAAUUCUAAACUUUGGAAUUGAAGAGAAGAUUCCAAAACUUGGGUUCAGUUUG